AGAGAGGGAGGGAGGGGAGAGUUGGACAUUGACAAUCCCGGAGCAACUUUUUCUCUUCUUUCCUUUCUUUGUGAAGGAAGACGCAAGGAAAAAUAGGCUGGGGGACAAAAAAGACAACACUGAGUUGAAUUUGAAUUCCUAACACGCACCCAUGUUGGAUUCAUGUUCCCACAAAGUUGUGGAUUAAUCAUCAGCUGAAGUCAGCCACUAACUGAGGCAGCGCGAGGCGACGGAGAGGUGAGGAGCUGUUUUCAGAGGGAUCCAACCAUGUGGCUGCUGUGCUACCCCCUGGUUCUGCUGGUCAUCAGUUAUGGAUCCUGUGACACUGUGAUGUCAGAGGAUGGGGAGCAAUGCCCGUCCCUACAAGUGGCUGAGUGGAAGUUCCCUCGGAUGACUAGGAACAACAUUACUGGUUUUAAUCUGGUGAGGCGAUUCUCCUUGCUAAAAGACGCAGAUGUCAGGAAGAUCCGCAACCCCCGGGGUCCCGUUAUCCUUCGCCUCGGCAAGACGGCGCUCUUGCGCCCCAGCGACCAAAUGUUUCCUCAUGGCUUACCUGACGAGUUCACGUUGGUCUUCACCCUGGCUUUGAAAAAGGCUGCGCUGAAGGACACCAUCUACCUCUUUCACAUAUCGGAUCAGCAGGGAUAUCCACAGCUCUCGGUGGACUUCAGCGCCCCCGAUGGCAUGCUAUCAUUACGAGCCAGAGGUGUUGACCCUGAGGCCGAGCUGGUGAGCUGUGUGUUUAACGGAGAGGGGGUCAAGGCCCUGACGGACCUCCGCUGGCACAAGCUGGCCCUCAGCUUGCAACGGGACACCGCUUCCCUCCAUGUCGACUGCAGCUCCAUCGAGACGAAGCCCCUUGAGCCACGAGGCGUCCUGCAGAUUGAUGGGCACACAUUGCUGGGUGUUCGGGCUUCAGAUGCCGGACCAGUGCAAAUGGAUAUUCAGCAGGUGAUGCUGUAUUGUGACCCAUCGCUUGCCAUCCAGGAGACCUGCUGUGAGAUCCCUGGUGCUCGGUGCCCUUCAGACGCUGCUAAGAGCCGCCGAGCUGCUGAAAAUGACCUGGAUGAAAAUAUGUUUAGCCAGGAUGUUUUUGCAUCCAAGGAUCUUGCAGAAAAAUGUGCGGGUUGUUUACUCCUGAGUAGGGAGGAAAAUGUCGUAAACUUUGGCGAGGGGUUAAGUGGAGGAAAAGGUGACCGGGGCAAUGGCUGUUCAGGUCCAUGCUCAGAAGGACCCAAGGGCCAGAAGGGUGAGAAAGGCGAGCUGGGAACGACUUCCAGCUGGGGUCAGGCAGCCGGGUACAAGGGAGAAAAAGGUCAGAAGGGGGAGAUCGGUCCACAAGGCCUGACAGGAACACCGGGGAGGGAUGGUCGAGCGGGGUCUAUCUGUGUAGUCGGCCCCAAGGGACAGAAGGGCAAGCCGGGUACGGUGGGUCCUGAAGGGUUGGCCGGGGAGCCAGGGAAGCCCGGAAUUCCAGGUCUGCCAGGAGUCGGGAAACCGGGUCCACCGGGCCCUCCUGGUGUACCUGGUGAUGCUAAAGGUGAAAAGGGAGACGUGGGGCCUAAAGGAGAAGACGGAUUACCAGGGGAUCCAGGACCAAGAGGCCCAGGAGGUCCAAAGGGAGAGAAGGGCGACCCGUGCGAAGUGUGCCCAGUGAUGCCCACGGACAUCGGCAACACGGUGGCGUUACAGGGGAAGCCCGGCCCUAAAGGAGAGCCCGGAUUACCGGGGAUAGGAGAGAGGGGACUCCCUGGUGUUGAGGGUGCAGUUGGCAAAGCAGGACAGAAGGGAGAACCAGGAUCAGAUGGCGCCAAAGGGGAAAAGGGGGAAUCAUGUUCCGCGUGCCCCACCCUUGGAGAACUACUACCAAAUCUCCUCCCUGGUGGCUCACCCCAAACUCUGCAGCAGAAGGGAGAGAAGGGGGAACCUGGGAUUGGACAGAAAGGAGAUAAAGGGGAGCCAGGAAACAUGGGUCCACCUGGCCUUGCAGGAGAGAAGGGUAAUGCGGGCAGCGCGGGAGCCGACGGAAGGCCGGGGAAACCUGGACCGAGGGGGACCGGCGGGAAGGAUGGACAGAAAGGUGCAAAGGGAGAACAGGGGCAGCCUGGCGUUGGAGAACCUGGCCAAAAGGGUGAGAGGGGCGACUGUGGUGUGUGCCAACCGUCAGAAGUUGGUAGCAGCCCAGCUGGCCUCAAAAUGCCUGAAGGAAGAAAAGGUGAACCUGGCCCUCCAGGUCCCCCUGGACCUCCAGGUCUUGGAGCUGAAGGCAAACAGGGACCAUCAGGCUUGGCUGGGUCUAAGGGAGAAAAGGGCGAGCAAGGCGAACAAGGAGAAAAAGGACUGAACGGUGCCCCUGGAGUCCCGGGCCUGCCUGGAGAGUCCGGUCGGGAUGGAUUAAUGGGCUUGAAGGGAGAAAAGGGGGAUGCAUGCACUAGCUGUUCCUCUGCUGGCACUGUGGUGGGUGAUGGUGCGGUUAUGCCAGGCCCCAAAGGAGAAAAAGGGGAUCCUGGGCCCCAAGGAGCAGGGAAACCUGGCAAAGCUGGAAAACCUGGCUUACCAGGUGUGCAAGGACCCUCUGGUCCCAAAGGAAGCAAGGGAGAUGCUGGGGCUGAAGGAGUUGGAAUUCCAGGACCACAGGGCAUUGAGGGACCUAGAGGUCUGCCAGGGCUAGUUGGUCCUCCCGGUGUUCCAGGGCCGCCUGGCCCUGUUGGCCCUGCAGGCGAAAAGGGCUCAAGAGGGGAAAUGGGAGUUCCGGGGCCAGCGGGAUUUGGAGUAGAGGGCCCUCCGGGUAGAGACGGAGUCCAAGGGCCUAGAGGGCUCCCAGGAGCUGAUGGCAGACCUGGAUUUCAUGGAGCUAAGGGGGACAAGGGGGAACCAGGAGAGUGUAACUGUAUCCCGUCUGUGCCUACAAGUGUGGGUGGACCUGGAGCUCCGGGAACCCCAUUAAACGUAUGGCAGCCGGGGCCUCAGGGCCCCCCGGGACCUCCUGGCCCCCCUGGGCCCCCUGGACCUCAGGGAGUCACUGGAAUCCAAGGUCCUCAGGGUAUCCCUGGAAACGACGGGAUACCGGGGAAACCGGGUUUACCUGGAAAGAGCCUCUACAUCGGACCGCACCCUCUGCCUCAAGAUUCCACUUCAGAACCAAGAGAUGAGGCAUGUGGAGAGGGCUGUUCUCAGGGGUUGCCAGGGGUCCCGGGCAUGUCUGGUGCCAAGGGGGAGAAAGGAGACCAGGGCAAGCCUGGUGCGACGGUCUUGGAUAACUGUGACAGGUGUUUGGAGAGACUGCAGAGGGCACAGGCGACCGAAGCAACGGGUGAUCGGUCUUGCAUCGGAGCACCUGGAAUUCCAGGAACGCCUGGAACACCUGGAAUAAAAGGAGACCCCGGCUCACCAGGAGAAAGAGGCCCACAUGGAACACCAGGAAUCAUGGGACCCCCCGGUUUCCCAGGUCCUCAGGGCCCAGCUGGCUUAUCUGGCCAGCAGGGUGAGAGAGGGUCGGAUGGCCUUCCGGGAACGAAGGGCGAGCAGGGCCCUCCAGGGACGCCUGGUUAUCCCGGAACUAUGGGACCACCUGGGCUGCCUGGACUGAAGGGUGAGCGUGGAAGCCCAGGAAGUGCUGGUCAGAAGGGAGAAUCAGGUCCUCCUGGUAGCCCUGGAUAUCAAGGACAGGCUGGCUCUCCAGGCAUUAAAGGAGACACAGGACCAGCAGGGCCUGUUGGUUCCAAAGGUGACCAGGGUUUCCAAGGACAGCCAGGUUUUCCAGGACCACCAGGUCCUCCUGGUCCUGCCGGCAAGCCUGGCAGAGAAGGCCUUUCUGGGUCAAAAGGAGAAAAAGGUAAUGACGGCUCCCCAGGCUCCCAGGGACCAACGGGGCCACCCGGCUCACCUGGAUCUCCAGGGCUGAUGGGCCCUCCUGGCAUAGAGGGAAUAGAUGGAAAAGAUGGGAAACCAGGACUGCGGGGAGAGACAGGCCCUCCAGGCCCAGCAGGACCUCGAGGAAUCCCAGGAUUCAAAGGGAAAACGGGACACGUUGGCUUUCCUGGACAGAAGGGAGAAGCUGGACCUUCAGGCCCACAAGGACCGCCCGGCAGGCCAGGACAUGACGGUGACCCUGGUACCCCAGGACUUCAGGGUCGACCAGGACCUCCAGGCCAAAUCGGUCCCAUGGGGCCAGCGGGAUCUCCAGGGCCUCCUGGUCCAUCAGGAGUGGGUAUUAAAGGAGAUAAGGGUCAGUCUGGAGAUAGAGGCCUCCCAGGGAUGGUUGGAGCUCCAGGAUCACCUGGACAUCCAGGACUCAUGGGCGAGCCUGGAAAUGACGGUGCUGCUGGUAAAGACGGAACACCAGGCCUGCCGGGGGACAGCGGACAGCCGGGUCAAAAGGGGGAACCAGGGGCCUCUGGGCAGAGGGGUCCUCCAGGAGAGCGAGGUAGACCAGGUCCACCAGGUGGGGGGGGAUAUCUCGGCAAGGAUGCCCAACCCAUGAUGGGCCCGGUUGGACCCAGAGGGGAACGAGGAAGUCCGGGUUCUGAUGGACUCCCAGGACCUCCUGGUAGCCCUGGGACCCCAGGAAACGAUGCUUUCGUCAACUACGAUGACAUCAAAAGCUUCAUACGGCAACAGGUCAUCAAGAUCUUUGACGAGAGAAUGGGGUACUACAUGUCUCGCAUGCAGAUGCCUGUGGAGAUGGUGGCAUCACCUGGUCGACCAGGGCCCCCAGGGAAAGAUGGUACUCCAGGUAAUCCUGGACCCCAAGGCGCUCCAGGGAUCCCAGGACACAUUGGCAGGCAGGGCCGGCCAGGAGGACAAGGACCCCCUGGACCACAGGGACCACCAGGAAUGAAGGGUGACAAGGGUGUCGGAGAGAUGGGAGAUGUAGGACCGCCUGGAGUACCAGGUGUUCCAGGCCCCCCAGGCUAUGGGAAAAUGGGACCACCUGGACCUGUUGGCCAGCAGGGAGUUCCUGGGAUACCGGGCUCUCCUGGACAGCCUGGAUCCAAAGGAAAGGAAGGCCGUUGUAACCCCGCAGACUGUAUGAGCCAUCAGGUAGACUACAGCCCCAAGGGCCCACCUGUCAAGGGCCCCUGGUAAGGUUCUGCAGGCUGAAGGGUACGAGGACUGGAGGGAAGAGACUAAAGUAUUUGGAGAAGCAAAAAAAAACAAA